AUGUUCGUUGGCCAAUUGCCUAGCCAAUUUGAGAGGCAACAUUUUACUCAACGUAACACUAAACCUAAUUUGAGGCCAGAGGAAUUGAGAAAGCAGUGGAAAGACAUUAGCACUACCCAGAAGAAUCUCCUACACGCUCAUACCACACACUCAUCUACACAUGAUGCUUCCAACCAGAUUCUGAGCCAAACUUUCGACUCGUGUAACAAUCUCGUUCCGGUCUACAGACAUGAUAUUUUACAGCUUCUCGAUGAUCAGAAAACCCACCCCAUCACUAUUGAGCCAGUCGAAAAGUACAUUUUUAUGAUCUGUCGCCAUGCGAAUCAAUAUUAUGGCGGUGGUCCUAUCAAUCCACCAUACUGUGUAGCUCUUUACUCCGAAAUCUGUAAAUUCAUAGAGCAGGAGAGGUAUCCAGAGGCAUCACAAUUCCUCAUCAGUACCGGGGUACAUCCAACUCAAUUCUUCAAGACGAGAUUCAUCUUUAUUCCUUUCGUCCUCGGAGUGAACGGCGGCGCAUUUCCUGGCCUGUUGGUCAUUUCCCCCUUUCACAAGACCAUCGAUAUCCUGGAUCCUUCAGCCAAUUCCACCUCCAGUUCCAAAUUCCCAAACGACUCGGUUCCGAAUCUCUUAGCUAAGGUUUUCAUGCUCAUAUAUACGCACGCCAAUGGUCAGUUCAAUCCACUCGAAUGGCGAAUGCGAUGGACUGCAGCUUCUCAGCAAGCACUCGACACGAAAUCCGCGUACUUAGCAGUAAUGGCAAACGCAAUGUCAAUCGCUUUCGGUCACGAAAUCCACAACUGGCUUGAUAUCUCACUUUGUUAUUCCGACAAUUUUCGCGAAUCGAUCAGUUCCGACCUCACAAUUGAGAUUGGCUCCAAACCAUAUCAGCACAAAGCCAGUAGAGCAGCGUUGGAAUUAUUACACGGUAGAUUUGAAAUGUUUGAUCAAACAAGAGAAGACAAUCAUGAAAGUGGAACAUAUGCAUAUAGCUUUGGGGGUUCUGAUUAUAUGAAUCCUGACCCCGUGUAUAGGUUUGUUGGGGACCAGUUGGUGGAAAUGAAACCUGGAUUUACAAGAUUGCCUGAUUUGAGAGAAUUGUAUCUUGCAGUUCUUGGAAAGAGCUCUGUGCCACAGGUUGGAAUAGUAAAAGAGCAUGAACGCGGAAGUCCUGAAAACAGAGGUUUCAGAAGAAUGCUGAUUGUUAGGAAUACCCGUAAGAGUACCCUUCACUAUUGUUCUACUUUCUGCCCAUCGCCCCGUUUCCAGUUCUUGUAAAUAAUCAUCGUAUAAAAAUACUUCUCGCUCUAAAAAACCUGCUAACUUAUCGAUACUAGUGCAAUGGACUUUUGGCAAAGGAACAACUGUAGUUUUCAAGUCCCAUUAA